AUGUCCUCCGUCGUUGUGCACACUCCUCGAUUCGCCGACGUCCCUGUUUUCGCUGGGCAGGGCACCGCGGCUGCGAGCUCGCCACAGACCCGCGAGCAGGCGCUUCGAGAUGCUGAAUCCGCUUCUGGAACCCUUCUCCUUACUGCAUGCUACCAGGCGUUCCUCACCGAGUUCGCCAGCCUAUCACCGACCGAGAUGGAGCAGGUCGACAUCGACCCUGCUGACUUUGACACCGUCCAGUCGCUCCUCGCUGCCCUCCCCGCGAGGUACCAGCGCAACACCGUCUUCGCCACCACCACCCUCUUCCUCAUCCAGUCCCUGCGCUAUCUUGCGCACAUAGAGUCGCUCUCCACCGAGAAGAAGACGUCGCCGUUUGCCGACUACCUCAAGAGCAACGCCGCGCAGGGCCUGGGCGUCCUCGGCUUUUCGUCGGGCAUCCUCCCUGCCUGCGUUGUCGGCACUUCCAACACCACUGUUUCGUAUAUCGCCCACGCCGUAGAAGCUUAUCGUCUCGCCUUUUGGAUUGGCGUUCGCUGCCAGCUCUACCGUGUUGCGGCUUUGGAGGCCGAAGAUGCUCCCGGCAAAGAGUGCACCCUGCCCUGGAGCCUUGUUUUCAUGGGCAUGAACAAGAAGGUCGCCCAGGAUGCUAUUGAAGAGUUCCAGAGGAAGAACACUGGUUUAUCUCCUUUGUACAUAACUGCUGUAAUGGACGACUCAAGCGUCACGAUCUCCGGCAGACCUGACGUUUUGGCCAAGUUUUCUGCUGAGCUUCCCUCGGGGUCGUCUGUUCACAUGACCUCCAUCACGACCCUCUACCACGCGCCCAGCCACAAGGAGGGCGUCCGCUCCGAGAUCCUUCACGAUGUUAUCCGCCGUGGUAUUCACUUCCCCACCUUCGCCGAGAUUGUCUUUCCUAUCCGUUCCACGUACACUGGUCAGCUCAUCGACGAGAGCUGCGACGUUGCGGCGGGAUACGGUACUCUAGUCGAGGCCGCGGUCGAUAUGAUCGUCGCGCAGCCCGUCAAUUGGGACAUUGUCGUCGACGAAGUCAUCAAGGCACUCCCGGCUGAAGGCCGCAUCGCCCUGCUCAACCUGGGCCCAGGCGCCGGUAUGGCGCGCAGUAUGGAGCGCGCCUUCCCCAAGGACAAGGUCGUCUCCAUCGAUAUCUCAACCCGCGUCGCCCGCGAGGCCUCCAAGAUCGACACGGCCAAGUACGAGCCCAUCGCGGUUGUCGGCAUGGCAGUCAAUAUGCCCGGCGCGCCCAACACCAACCAGCUCUGGGAGGUGCUCGAGAAGGGCAUCAACACUAUUUCUGAGGUCCCGUCGGACAGGUUCGACGUGCGCGACUACAAUGACCCGAAAGAUCCGAAGACGAACCGCCAGAUGAAGGCCCACACGGGCAACUUCCUGUCCAACGCGGACCAGUUCGACAACAAGUUCUUCAAGAUCAGCCCGCGCGAGGCGCGCUCCAUGGAUCCGCAGCAGCGCGUGCUCCUCCAUGUGGCGUACGAGGCGCUCGAGAAUGCCGGGUAUGUGCCCAACGCGACCGAGACGUUCGCGCAGGACUCGUUCGGGUGCUAUAUUGGCGUCGCGACGAACGACUAUGUGCAGAAUCUGCGCAAUGACAUCGAUGUCUAUUACAGCACUGGUACUCUGCGCGCUUUCCUGAGCGGGCGUAUUUCCUAUGCGUUCCAGUGGAGCGGCCCGUCCCUCGUCAUCGAUACGGCAUGCUCGUCUUCCAUGGUCGCGAUCUACCAAGCGUGCCGCGCUCUGAUGAACCGGGACUGCAACGCAGCUCUGGCUGGCGGUGUCAACGUGAUCAGUAGCCCUGACAUGUUCCUCGGGCUUGACAGGGGACACUUCCUAAGCCCCACUGGUCAGUGCAAGGCCUUUGACGCCUCCGCCGAUGGAUACUCCCGCAGCGAGGGCUGCGGGCUCUUCGUCCUCAAGCGCCUCUCGGACGCGAUCGCCGAGGGCGACAAUAUCAUGGGCGUCAUCCGCGGCAUCGACGUCAACCAGAGUGGGAACGCGCACUCCAUCACGCACCCGCACGCACCCACUCAGGCGACGCUCUUCAAGCGCGUCCUCGAGGCGACCGGCAUUGACCCUACCCGCAUCAACGUUGUCGAGGCCCAUGGCACGGGUACACAGGCCGGAGACCCCAACGAGUUGGAGAGCAUUCGGAGUAUCUUUGCUAUACGCAGGGCGAAGGAGAAUCCGCUGCAUAUCACAUCGAUCAAGGCGAACAUUGGCCAUUUGGAGGCCGCGUCGGGCUCUGCGGGUCUCGCGAAGCUGUUACUGAUGCUGCGCCACCGCGCGAUCCCCCGCCAGGUCUCGCUGAAGAACCUGAACCCGCGGAUCGCCCCUCUCGAGGCCGACAACACCAUCAUCGAUAGGGAGAUGGUGCCAUGGGAGCCUUCGCAGCCUGGUCUGCCCCGGAUUGCUAUGCUCAACAACUUCGGCGCUGCCGGUUCUAAUGGAACGAUGCUGCUCGAGGAGUUCCCGGCUGCUGACGAGAGCAAGUACGAGCCGGCUGGUCUGGCGUACUUGUUCGGUUUGUCCGCCAAGACUGACACUGCCUUGAACGAGCUCAAGAAGAAGUACGUUGACUGGCUCCAGGACCCUGCUUCCGACGACGUCCGCUUCGCCGAUAUCGCCUACACCGCUACCGCUCGGCGCAUCAUGUAUGCGCAUCGCACGGCUGUCGUGGCUACUGACAAGAAGGACCUGAUCCAGAAGCUCGAAUCGACCAAGCUGGUCGCAGUACCUGGGGAGUCAAAGCCGUCGAAGACGGUUUUCGUGUUCUCCGGUCAGGGUGGACAAUACCUGGGCAUGGGAGGCGAACUCUACCGCACCAACCCCCUAUUCAAGCACCAUAUCGACGAGUGUCACGAGGUCCUGCGCACCAUGGGAUUCCCUGGGGUCACGCAGAUCAUCGCGACAGAAUCUGGGGAGAGCGGGCUCUCCAAGCUCGAGGAGUUCGAGGCGUACCAAGGGGCUAUAUUUGCUCUGGAAUAUGCACUCGCGAAGCUUUGGAUGUCUUGGGGAGUCAAGCCGGAUGCGGUCGUUGGGCACAGUCUCGGUGAAUACGCUGCUCUUGUAAUCGCCGGUGUCCUGACGCUCAAGGGUGCAUUGACUAUUGUGGCGAACCGGGUCCGCUUGAUGGUGACCAAGUGCGCGACGGAGUCUACCGGCAUGAUCGCCAUUAACCAGGGACCGGCUGCUGUGAAGGACAUCCUACAAUCCAACGCGGCGUUAUCCGGAUGCUCAAUUGCUUGCUACAACAGCGCGGGCGAUUGCGUGGUGGCAGGACCUCUCGAGCAGCUGAAGGCUCUGAAAGCUCACCUGGACUCGGAAGUCAAGUGCAAGAAUGUGCUCCUCUCCGUGCCCUUCGGAUACCAUAGCACUGCGAUGGAGCCUCUGCUCGAUGACCUGAUCAGCGUAGCCAAGCGGGUCACUUUGCGUCCUCCGACGUUGGCGGUCAUCUCAAACGUUUUUGGCGAGGUCGUCCGUCCAGGGGACGCUUCGGUCUUUACUUCGGAAUACUUCGCCAGACACUGUGCAGAGCCCGUCCAGUUCGAGCGCGGUAUCAACGCCUUCUGCGCUACAUCCGAGUUCGCCAAUGUCGGUCUCUGGGUAGAGAUUGGUCCUCACCCGACGACGUUGCCCAUGCUCAAGUCCAACCCCUCUGUCCCGAAGGAUGGCCUGCUCCUGCCUUCCAUUCGCAAGAACCAGGAUGUAUGGUUGACACUCAUGACGUCCUUGAGCCAGCUGUACACCACUGAUCGGUCAUUGGCUUGGCGCGAGGUCUUCGCUCACGUCCCUGCCGUCAAAUGCGUUGACGCCCCGUCUUACCCCUUCUCACCGAGCCGCUUCUGGAUCGACUACAAGGAGGAGGCGCCCGGAUUGGUCGCAUCCGACAGGAAGACUCUCACUUCUUCCGCCCGUCUGGUGUCGGAGUCCUCUAUGCUCCAUGCAUGGGCUCAGGAGCCUUCGGCAGCGAAUGGGAAUGUUGCUAUCUUCGAAACUCCGAUUGAGAUGCUCGCAGGUUCGAUUAGAGGACACAGCGUAGGUGGCAUGCCCCUCUGCCCUGCAUCUGUCUAUAUCGAGCAGGUGUUGGCUGGUGUACAACUUGCCCGCGAGCACCUGGGCCUCGGCUCCACCGGCCAUCAUCUCGUUGUCAAGGACGUUCAGUUUGCGCACCCUCUCGUUUACGCUGAGGGUGUUGCGCGACUGGUAAAGACCAAGAUCACCCUGGACGACGGAGCCGAGUCUGGCAACUUUACCGUGAGCUCGUCCGUCGAUGGUGCUGAGGAGUCGGUGCACGUCCACGGUACCUUCCGCCUGGAGACGAACACGAAGACGACGACGAAGUUUGGUCGUGUCGCGCCUGUCAUACACCGUCAGAUGGCGACCGUCGCAACUCCUGUCGGUCCGGGCUAUGAGACGUUUUCGACUCGGACUGCGUACGAGGUAAUCUUCCCUCGCGUGGUCGACUACUCCAGGGAGUAUCACACUAUGCAAUCUCUGACUGUCGACCCCUCUGGUAUGGAGGGAUACGCGGUCGUCAAGCUCCCUGCAGAUCACUUCCGCGGCAGAUUCAUCGUUCACCCUGUUUUCAUGGACACCCUCCUGCACGUCGCCGGCUUCGUCGCUAACAUGCAAGGUGGCAUUAACGACGCUUACAUCUGCAGCCAAGUCGACAGCGUCAAGGUGAUCCCCGACCUCGUGGACAACGAUGCGACUUACGGUGUGUUCUGCCGCAACGCCUGGCUCGCGGAUGAAGGAGUUAUGCUCGCCGACGCUUACGCGGUGGAACUCACUGGCGCGAAGAGGAUCGUCGGGCAUCUCAAGGGCAUGCACUUCCGCCGUGUCCGCCUGACCAGUCUCAAGAAGGGUCUUCAGAUGGCUUCCGGACGUCCCGCAGAAGUCACGCCUAGCAGGGUCACCUUCGCUCCGUCUAAGCCUUCGUCUCACAAGGUCGUCAGCCGGACUCCCUCAAGCUCUUCGACCAGCUCCUCCACCGUACACGACGUGCAGGCCGCCGUCGUUGGCAUCAUCGCGGAGACUUGCGGUAUCGACCCGGCCAACGUUAAGCUCGAGACGUGUCUCGACUCGCUGGGUGAGCCCGACGUCAAGGGCCUGCUCGCGUCGGUCCUCGGCAUUCCGCCGAAGGAGAUCACUGACGAUGCUGACUUCGAUGCGCUCGGCUUGGACUCACUGACCUCCAUCGAGGCACUUCAAGCACUCCGCACUGAAUUCGGCCUCGACUUACCUUCCAAUUUCUUCCAGACUAACUCGACCCCCAAGGCCGUCGACCUCCCUCUGUUCCUCGUUCAUGAUGGUAGCGGUCUCGUGAACUACUACGAGCGGCUGUCUCCUCUCGACAGAAACAUCUGGGGUAUUCACAACCCGAACUUCAUCACCGGUCAGGCAUACGACAGCGUCGUCGCCAUGGCUUCCGAGUACGCUGACCUCAUCACGAAGACGGCCUCUGGCCCCAUCCUGCUUGGAGGAUGGUCAUUCGGUGGUGUUGCCGCAUUCGAGAUCGCUCGGCAGCUGCUGCGCAAGGGCGUGCCCGUGAAGGGUGUCCUCCUGAUUGACUCGCCCAGCCCUGUCAACCAUGUCCCGCUGUCGCAGUCCCUCAUCGAGGCCGUCGUCAACCUGGAUGCGCGCGGCGCGAACUCCGACAUCGGACGACUAGUCAAGGCGCAGUUCGAGAAGAACUCUGCGCUCCUUGGCAAGUACGACCCUGUCUCCGCGGGUGGUCCUUUCCCUCCCCUUGUCCUGCUCCGCUCGCGCGAAGGCUUCAACCCCUCCGGCGUGAAGGAGCCGGUGCCUACGUGGCUGGCCGAUCGCUCCAAUGCCCAGCAGGCGGUCGCGGGAUGGGAGGGUCUGGUCGGCGCGACCGUGAAGAGCAUCGAUAUCCCUGGGAACCACUUUGAGCCGUUCCAUGCUUCUAACAUUGCUGAAGUUUCUUGCCGCAUUGCUGAUGGCUGUCAAUACCUCGAAAGUCUGUGAACCUUGUUGUUCCGGUUAGACACGAUAGAUCGGACGUUGUUAUCGCAUUCUUAUUUAACUCUUAGUCUUAUGGCGUAUGCUUUUGGUUGUAAUCGUAGUGUAUCAUUGUAUCAAGUAGCACACUUGGAUCCUAAUUUAUUUAGUUAACCAGCGA